AGGAGAGAGUAGUCUCUGAUUCUUGUGGAGUACUCCUUAGCAGUUCUUUGGCACCACUGACAUUACUCAGCGAACUUAAAUGGGGAAUGUGAUCGGCUCGUUUCUUUCAGGAGUUGGUAACGUUAUCAAUAAUCUGCUUGGCUCUCCACUCAAUUUUCUUUCUGGAAAAUCCUGCAGCUCAGCAUGUGGCUCAACAUGGGAUUUCAUCUGUUACAUAGAGAAUUUCUGCGUUGCUCAUCUGUUGAAGUUGGCUAUGGUUUCAGUUCUUUUCUACUUUGUUCUCUUAUUCUUGUAUUCAUUAUACAAAUUGGGCGUUUGCCGAUGUUUUGCCCGGACACUAUGCAAAACGGUAUGGGCAUGCUUUGCUACAUGCUUCUUCACGGUUGAGCAUGGUUGCACUUUCCUUUGUUAUAAGCUUCCAAAGCUUAAGCGGAAAUACAGAAAGCGUAGAAGAGAUAUCAAACGGUUCAAUUCAAGCAGUACCGAUGAAGAAGAUAGAACAUUUCCCUAUCAUGUACCUAGACACAUGGAGGACAAAAGAUCAUUGUCUCGUCAUUGGAAGGACUACAGAGGAGAUCACUUGAGAAGAUCUUUGAGGCCUAGGAGUCACCGUGUUCGAGUGGGGAUUAGAGGGGAUUCAGUUCAUGUGAACAAGAGAAAUUCCAUGAAGUAUGGUCAUCAUGGUAGAACAGUUCAUGACAUUAGAGUGACUAGAACAUCUCAAUUUGCACAAAAAGGUGCUAAUUACAAGGGCUCAACUCGUCGGAUGAGAAGGAAAGUGAAAGUUCCAUGA